GGCGGGAGGAGUCAUAAGGGUAGCAAUGGGCAGAGAGGUCCAAGCCAAAUACAGGCAGAGAGAGAAGGCGCCAUCCCAUUCCCAUGCCAUGUUCUCUUUCUUUACAACUAUAUCAUUUACUUAAACAAUUAUUACAAUAACCUCCCCACCCCCUUCUAUCUAUUACGCACGUACGGAGGCAGAGCCACUUGCUUCCCUCCCCAAGCAAGGGUUCACCCCUUCAUUCCCUUUUCCUAUCUGAAAAAAAAAAAAAAAAACAAAAACCUUUUCAGCUGAGACACUCCUUUCGAGAUGUAUCCCUCGUCCAGAUCUGAAUGUAUCAGGUGAAAGUGAAACAAAGCCACUAAUGGGAUCCGGUGGGAGCAAGGGUUCUUGCAGAGGAGGAGGAGGAGGAGGAGGAGAAGCAGGUGCAUCUGUAGCUUCCUCAUCUAGCGGUGGCCGGUGGGAAAGAUCCAAGGGGAAGAACAGAGUUUUCCAGUCCUCAUGUCUGGGAGCGCCAUCUGGAUCUGCUUACGCCGACUUUGACCAUCAGGUUAUUGAUCACCGGAAUAAAGACCACGGCUCUAAUUUCACCAACCGAAACCGGAGAGAUCCGGAGUCGGAGUCGGAUCACGUGAAAAGAGAACGUUACAGAAAUGUUAAAGGUGAAGCGGCAUCUGCUGAUGAAAUGCCAAUGCCAUGCAUAUCUUCCAGCGAUAUAGAUAGAGAUGCAUCGAGAAGUGGUAGCAGAUCUGGUAGAACCGCCGCAGCAGUGAAUCACUCUCCUUCUCGCUGCCUCUCCGGCUUUAGCUUCCUUCCGGGUGACGUGAGCUUUAGAUUAGGCAGGGCUAAUAGUUUGGGGUCGUUUAGGACAUAUCCUGUUUCUCCUACAAGUCUAGCAAUGUUGAACCGUGAUGACAAUUCUGUUACACUUGAACCUCAACAACUACCCCACAAUUCUUCUUCUGCUCACAACGCAAACUUACAUUCUCCCAUAAUCUUCAAUGACGCGGAUAGGGAUAGGGAUAGGGAUAGACGUGUUGGAGUUGGGAGUCGAGAGCCUGUUGAAAGGAAUGUUCGUUUUAGCAGAACCUUAAGUGUUGGAAGGCUUCGUGAUCGUGUUCUUCGUAGAGCUUCCUUAUCUGAUUUCACAUUCUGCCCUUUGCAACAAGGCCGACAACACACUAAUCAAACUCACGCAUUUGAAGGAGACAGGGAAACACGGCAAUCAGCUACCUCUCCAUCCACAACCACUUCCUCUCAUACUCCCCCCGUUAUUUCCCACAACUCCGUUUUUAACAUUCAGGGCCAUGAAGUUGAAACUUCACGAUCUAGAGAAGCCAGGUAUCAUGAUUUACUCGAGCACAGAUCCAAUUUCCUUGAAAGGAGGAGAAGAAUACGAUCUCAGGUUCGAGCUCUUCAAAGGCUGGGAAGUCGUUUUGAGAACUUUUCUGGACAUGAAAGGUCUUGCAUUUUAUCUGGUCAACAUAGAACUGGUCGAUGCACAUGUCAUGUAAAUAAUCGAGAUUCCAAUUCAAACAAUGACACCAGUGCUAGGGCUAGCAUAUCCAGAAUUGUUAUGUUAGCUGAAGCUUUAUUUGAGGUUCUGGAUGAAAUUCACCAGCAAUCUGUGGUUUUAUCUUCUCGACCUUCCGUGUCUUCAAUUGGAUCUGUUCCUGCACCUAAUGAAGUUGUGGAAUCGCUUCCUGUCAAAGUAUACAACAAGUCAGACAAACUUCAGAAUGAUGAGGCUGCACAAUGUUACAUAUGCCUUGUGGAGUAUGAGCAAGGGGAUAGCAUGCGGAUAUUGCCUUGUAAUCACGAAUUUCACAGAAUUUGUAUAGACAAGUGGCUCAAGGAGAUUCACAGAGUGUGCCCUCUUUGUCGUGGGGAUAUUUGCAGACCUGAUUCGUCGCCUGUGGAGAACUAGAGCUUCCAGCUUUUCUCCAGACUUUCUGAGGAGCAUUGGCAAACCCGCAUG